AUGACGCCCAUCGCCAACAACACGCGUGCUGACGCUGCUCGUGUCAUGAAGGCUGCUGAGGGCGAGGAGCCGUGGUUCGGUCCGUACUACUGCGGUGCCGGUGCGCACUCGGUGUUCGGCCGUAUCAUUGUGGACGCUCACUACCGCGCAUCGCUGUACGCUGGCAUCAACAUCUCUGGCAUCAACGCCGAGGUGAUGCCUGGCCAGUGGGAGUACCAGGUGGGUCCGUGCACGGGCAUUGAGUCUGGCGACCACCUGUGGAUGUCUCGCUACAUUCUGCUGCGUGUGUGCGAGGACUUUGGCGUGAACGUGUCGUGGGACCCGAAGCCGAUCCCUGGCGACUGGAACGGCGCUGGCUGCCACACCAACUACUCGACCAAGGCGAUGCGUGAGGAGGGCGGCAUGGCCAAGAUCAUCGAGGCCAUCGAGAAGAUGAAGCUGAAGCACAAGGAGCACAUCGCGGCGUACGGCACGGGCAACGAGCGUCGUCUGACGGGCCGCCACGAGACGGCCAGCAUGGACACGUUCUCGUACGGCGUGGCCAACCGUGGCGCGUCGAUCCGCAUUCCGCGUGUGGCGGAGGCCGAGGGCAAGGGCUACUUCGAGGACCGUCGCCCGGCGUCCAACAUGGACCCGUACGUGGUGACUGGCCGCAUCAUCAAGACGACGAUCUUGGACGAAGCGUAAAUGUGAAGUUGAAGUGUGUAACUGAAGCUACAAUUUCCUAAUUCGAAACAAGAAAUUGCAGUUUCGCUCUA